GUUAGUUGAAAUUUGAAUACUGCGCAGGAAACUAUUCCACCCUCCACUAUUAAUGUUAUUUUCAGUAACAAGGACAACAAUUUUCAGUAUUAGCUAUAUAUAUAAGUUCUGAAUCAUGAAAUUGUACGUUAUUAGGCAUAGAAAGAAAAUUGAAGAUGGAUAUGAAUAGUAUGAAAAUAGCAGUUAUUCAUGUUGUCCUUGUUGUGUUUGCAAGUGGGUAUGGAGAAGGAGAAGCACAAGAAACAGCAACAACAACAACAUUAGUGCCAGCAGUGAUAACAUUUGGAGAUUCAGUGGUGGAUGUUGGAAAUAAUGUGAAUCUCAACACUCUCUUCAAGGCUGAUUACUUUCCUUAUGGCAAAGAUUUUGGUAACCACAAACCCAAUGGCAGGUUUUGUAAUGGCAAACUAGCUACUGAUGUUACUGCUGAAACACUGGGAUUUAAGAAUUCUGCACAUCCAUACCUUAGUCCACGAGCAUCAGGGAAGAAUCUCCUUAGAGGAGUUAACUUUGCUUCAGCUGCUUCUGGUUAUGAUGACAACACUGCUAUUUUGCAUCAUGCUAUCCCUUUGUCACAACAAUUAAAUUAUUACAAGGAAUACCAAAGGAAACUGGCACGUGUAGUUGGAAGUAACAGAUCAGCAUCAAUUAUCAAUGAAGCUUUGUACAUAUUGGCUACUGGAAGUGGUGAUUUUGUUCAUAACUAUUAUAUCAAUCCUAAGUUCAACAAAACCACCUUCACUCCUGAUAAAUACUCCUCCUACCUUGUUGCUGCAUUUGAAACCUUCAUUAAGGAUUUGUAUGGAUUAGGAGCGAGGAGAAUUGGAGUGGUUUCACUCCCACCAUUGGGUUGUCUACCUGCUACAAGAACUUUAUUUAGUUCCCAUGAUCACAAUAUUAAUGGCGGAUGUGUCUCAAGCAUCAACCAUGAUGCUCAAACAUUCAACAACAAACUCAACUCAUCUGCGUUAUAUCUUCAAAAACAACUUCCUGGUCUUAAGCUUGUUGUCUUUGAUAUUUUCAAGCCUCUCUAUGACCUUGUUCAGUCUCCAUCAAAAUUUGGUUUUGUGGAGGCAAGAAAAGGUUGCUGUGGUACAGGGAGUGAAAGAAUAAGAGUUUUCUUGUGCAAUCCAAAAUCAUCAAGAACUUGCUCUAAUGCAACUCAGUAUGUGUUUUGGGAUGGUGUUCAUCCUUCAGAAGCUGCUAACAAAGUUUUAGCUGAUUCAAUGCUUCUUCAAGGCAUAUCUCUUGUCACAUAACUAAGGGCAAAUUAAAUUCAACAACCUAAGCUAGGAAGUGCAUUCUAUUAUCUCUAUCAUCUAUAUUAUUAAAUGCUUUAUUGUUGCACUACUAGAUGUAUCUAUGUAUUUAUGUGAUGCAAAACUAGUGUAUGUGUUGGGAGUUUGGAGAAAUUUAAUUAUAUGUACUAUAUAUUCUAAGUAUGGAAUCUUGAUUUCGGGUUAUGUUAGUGAAACCAUUUAUUUACUUUAUUAUGUAUUUCCUUAGUAAUAUAUAUUUUGUAAUUAAUAUAUCUUUAUAUUUAA